CGCAUUACCCGCAGAUGGGAUAAAAGCGAAGCGCAUGGCACCAGUUAUCCACAGCGUCGCUACAGACAAACACAAACUCCUGGUUUUGUUGUAGAUGCUCAUCGGCUGUUAAUAGAACCUUUGGGGUUUUCCAUUUCAUGACUGGUACGUGUCUGGUGUGCUUUAGGACAAAAGAAGGAUAUCUGUCGUUUCGGCUUUGCCCGCAAGCUUUUUACUGGACCGGACGCACUGGUGAGAUGGAUAUCGAAAAGUACCUGCCACAACUGAUGGCGGAGAAGGAUUCUCUGGACCCGUCCUUCCAACAAUCCUUGCGGCUUCUGGAUCAAGAAAUUGAAAAGUUCCAGAAAGAUGAAGACAAAGAGGAUGAGAAGUUCAUUGACGUGGUCAUUAAUAAGAACAUGAAACUGGGCCAGAAGGUGUUGAUCCCAGUAAAACAGUUUCCCAAAUUUAAUUUUGUGGGUAAACUCCUGGGUCCCCGAGGGAACUCAUUAAAAAGACUACAAGAGGACACACUGACCAAGAUGUCCAUCCUCGGGAAAGGAUCCAUGAGAGACAAAGAAAAGGAGGAGGAACUUCGAAAGAGUGGCGAGGCAAAGUAUCAACACCUCAAUGAAGAUCUUCACGUUCUGAUCGAGGUCUUCGCCCCACCUGCAGAAGCAUACGCUAGAAUGGGUCACGCGCUGGAGGAGAUUAAGAAAUUCCUUAUUCCGGACUAUAACGAUGAGAUCAGACAUGCUCAACUACAGGAACUAACGUAUCUGAACGGAGCCUCGGAGGACGCAAAGGUUCCCGCUGUGAGAGGAAAAACAAGCACGCGUGCACGAGGAACGCCAGCGGCAGGCGCGCACAGGGGUAGGGGAGGGGUUCCUCCUCCUCAUGCUGCUGUUCCACGCGGGGCGGCGCCCAGAGGAGCUCCGCCCAGCAGAGUUCCGUCCAGCAGAGCCAGGGGCGUUCCCUCACAGAGAGCGAGAGGAGCUCCGCCCCCAGCAGGAUACAGACCCCCCCCUCCGGCGGUACAGGAUACAUACAGUGAAUAUGAAUACGAUGAUGGAUACGGAACGGCUUACGAUGACCUGGGAUAUGAUUCAUAUGACAACAGCUACAGCAACCAGGCACAAAAUGCAGAGGAUUAUUAUGAAUACAGUCAUGGCAUGAGUGGAGAAUCAUAUGAAUCUUAUGGCCCGGAGGAAUGGACAAACGGCCGUAAAAAGGCGCCACCAUCAAGAACGAGCAAAGGUGUUUACAGAGAGCAACCGUAUUCCCGGUUCUGACCUGCUACACUCCUUCCCGUGCCCCCCCACAAAGUAAUGGAUUUUCUAUGGACUCGCUUUUCUUUUUCAAAUAAAAUGAACCAAAACCACAAAAAAUAUAAACCCUCUUGAAGAAGUCGUUUCUGUGGACCCGUUGUUAUGGACAAUCCCCACAAACAGAAUAUUCUGGAUCUGUUCACUAGAUUUUAAUCCGACACCCAAUCAGAACUCGGAUAGAGCCACAUAUGUCACAAGGGCACUAGCGGUUAGGGGCGGAGUUAGGCUAUAUGACGUGUACCAUGUUUAGAUUUAGCCAGGUGGGUUUUUGUAGAUACUUUUUUUCAGAGGGGUGAUCCGCUGCAGUGUGUACAUUGUACCUUUAAUGAAAAUUAUAUAAAAAAAGAAAAAAAUAAUCUUGAUGCACAUAUUGUUGUUUUCCUUAUUUUCUCUUUUUUAAGUGGAAAGUUCAGCGUUAAAGGGCUUAUAGGAGCAUGUCGUAAGAACAAUGUGCAGUUUCAGUUCGGAUGAGAAAAGCCUGCGUGCUUUCGACUGAUUUUCGUGUCGGGCAUUUGAAUCCUUUUCACGAGCUUUGUAAUGAUCGAUGUUUUCUCUUAGUGAGUCACUGUCAGGAGCUUCUGAGUCCAACAAGAUUUCCAAUGUUACUCUAAAAUAAAGUAUAAGACUAAAAUCUUCAAUUCAAGUCAAUGAGAAUUUAUCAAGCAGAGGCUGUGACACUUUGCUGUGCGGUUCUAAUGUACUAUAAACCCAUUUAAAUCGAAUUAUGGCUUUUCUUAGACUGUCCAUUAGUAUGUCAUGUGCUAUAUACAGUAUACAGUAGCCCGCAGGUGGGUAAGACAGCAUUUAAAAUAAAACCAAAGCUUCGCUUGUGACAGUCUAAGACAUUUUAUGGGAGAUUAAGCAGUUUGGACAAAUAUUCUUUGAAAGUUUGAAUCCAUUUCAAUUGCACAUCAAAGAGUCACCAGUCAUUUCUAAACCAAAUAAAGUUUUAAUUGACUGAACUUUAACUAGACGUGUUUAAAAAACUAUUAAAAGCAAAUUAAUUGUCUCUUGAAUUUUAAAAGAUGAUAUUUAUGAAAGUGAUUGUGUUACUGGUGGUGGCAGUUAAAUACACUUCUGUUAAGAGCUAUAAUCUUUGUAAGCUUGUGUAAGCCCUUUAAUUCUCAUCUCAGUUGAUUAUAAAAUAAACUUUUUAAAGGAAAAAAACGUGAACAUUUUGUCUUUAUUCUUUUGCAAAACUACAUAAUCUAAACUAACAUCUGUGUACAUUUUGAGCAGAUAACCAUGCUGUAAGAAUUAAAGCCACAUAAAUGUGAAAACAAAU